CCCCCUCCGUCCCGCGGACAGUAGGAGCAGACGGCACCGUUAUACCGGACCGAGGCUUUUAAAAACCCCGAGAGGAGGCGGCGAGCGAGCGAGAGUGCGGCUUUCUUCAUCGUCGCUAUCUUUACUGCUACUUUUUGCAUCGUCGGAAGAAGUAAUGGAGGGGAUCUUUGCCGGAGCUUCGGCUAAGGUCGGGAUUCCGGUUCCGAGCUUCUCAGUGAUGAGAUGCCGGGGGGAUUUCCCCUCGAUGGAUAGGCUUCCGACGAUUCUUGUGGGCGGGGCGCGGAAACCGACUCGUCUUCGUUGCAUGAAAGCUGACAAGGAGAUUAAGGAUGGAGAUGUUAUGAUAACUUUUAAACAUGAUGAUCUUGUAAACUCUGUUGAAGUAAGAGAAUGGGAGAGUGGAAAGUCAUUAAAUGAGAUAGCAGCAAAGCAGGGCAUUAGAAUUAGAAGAAGAUAUCGAACUGGACACCCCUCUGAGAGCUCGCAGGACGAUGAAGAACCUCCCCGUAAUAUUCUGGAAAAAAUAAUAUGGGACAAGGAAGUGGAAGUUUCUCAGUUGAAAUGGAGAAUACCUUCUGAUGCGUUGAAGGAAGCUAUUGACAGUGCUCCUCCAGUGAGAGAUUUUGUUGGGGCUCUGAAAGCAUCGUAUCAGCGAACUGGUCUUCCUGCUCUGAUAGCCGAGGUGAAAAAGGCUUCACCUAGCCGAGGUGUACUACGUGAAGAUUUUGAUCCUGUUCAAAUAGCUAAAGCUUAUGAGGAAAAUGGAGCAGCAUGCUUAAGCAUAUUGACUGACGAAAAGUAUUUUCAGGGAGGCUUUGAAAAUCUAGAGGCUGUACGCAGAGCUGGAGUCAUGUGUCCUCUUCUCUGUAAAGAGUUUGUUAUUGAUUCCUGGCAAAUUUACUAUGCUCGUUCAAAAGGUGCGGAUGCAAUUCUUUUAAUUGCUGCGGUGUUGCCUGAUCUUGACAUCAAAUGCAUGAUUAAACUUUGCAAGGAGCUUGGCUUAGCAGCACUGGUUGAGGUGCACGAUGAAAGGGAACUGGAUCGGGUUUUGAGUAUAGAUGGGAUUCAGCUCAUUGGUAUCAAUAAUCGUAACCUUGAGACAUUUGAAGUUGAUAUUUCAAACACAAAAAGGCUUUUGGAAGGGGAGCGCGGGGAGAUCAUCCGCCAAAGAGGCAUAACUAUGGUGGGAGAAUCUGGGUUGUUUACUCCUGAAGAUAUUUCAUAUGUACAAGAUUCUGGAGUUAGAGCGGUUUUGGUUGGGGAGUCUCUCAUCAAACAGAGUGAUCCUGGGAAGGCAAUAGCAGGACUUUUUGGUAGAGAUGUAUCAAUAUGAGUCCAUAUGUGAAAUUAAACUUCCAGCUGCUUUUCAUGUAUGAGACAGUCUACUCAUUCAUAUAAUCUGCAAUAAGAGCUCCGGAAUUCGCAAUCA